CCCUUAUCCAACGCCACCUUGAUAUUUUCCGAGAUGGCUGGGAUGACCACCCCCUACGAACGGACGGGAACCUCUCCCCAAUUGGGGCAGCAAUAUCACUCCCAGGAAUGUGAUGAGUAGGAAAAACAAUGGAGCCAGGAAAAGCUCAAUGGAGCGACGAGGAGGUAAAAGCCCUCCUUGCUAUUUAUUCAACUGCGAGCGUCCAAAGAGGACUUGAGGGGUCGCAACACAACAUAAAAAUAUUUGCCGAGAUAAGUGCACAACUGGAGAAGGCUGGGGUUUACCACAGCGCAAAACAAUGUAGGGAAAAAAUGAAGAAACUGAAACAGGACUACAAGAAAAUCAAAGGCCACAACAACCAGAGCGGGGCAGACAGAAAAACUGGCAAAUGGUAUGAGACGCUCGACCUCAUAUUGGGCCACAGACCAGCAUAUGGGAACGCCGAAACAAAAGACUCCUCUGCUUCACUUUUGCGGUCGAUGACGCAGAAGGAGAACAACCCACCCUCCCAGCUGCUUGAAGAGCAAAACAGAUCUCUUCAAUCAAAUCCAAUUCCUGUUGCCUGCAGUACCCCUUGUCGCCCAUCAGAAACACCAAUGGCUUUAUCAAGCAAUUCCAUGCCCCCUCUGAGUGACAACCGCCAACCCGCAUCAGAAAACACCGUUGUGAUGUCCUGCCAUUCCUUGCCCCCACAAAGUGCCAGUACCAGUCAGCUUACAUCAGUCACUACACACCGGUUUCUUGCUUGUCCGGAUUCACAAAUAAUCAGCCAACGCCGCCCAGCUGCCAGCCCCCUUUGCCAUCCUAGACCUGCAAAGAGGAGAAAGAAUGACACACUGCUUGCAACUGUGCAGGAAUGGCAGGCUUCGGACGCAGAAUACCAAAGGCAACGAAAUGCACAAUUUGACAGGAUGCUGCAGGUGUUUGAAGAGCAAAAUCAACACAUUGAAAAGCAGUGUCAGGCUCUGCUGUUGAGUCCAGCCGGCAGCAUCAUAUGGUAAUGGAGGGUAUUCGGGACAUCAUGAACAGAAUGUCAAAUCGGCAUGACAAACCCUAAUUAAAAGAAAUUGGACUCAACCAAAUAUUUCACAUCUAAAUUUUUCUAUUGUUGCAGAGUGAGUUUUCUGUAAAAUAUAUUACUUUGAAAACAAAUUUUGCACAUGUUAAUUUUUCUUUUGUUGGUGU